AUGGAAUGGGCCAUGGCGGAGCUCGUCACCCACCCGCGCACCAUGCGCAGAGCGCAGGACGAGGUCCGCACGGCGACGGCCGGCUCAACCGGCGUCAACGAGGACCAUGUCGCGCAGCUGGACGACCUCAAGGCCAUGGUGAAGGAGACGCUCCGGCUGCACGCGCCGGUGCUGUUGCUGGUGCCCCGGGAGCCGCGGGCGGACGCCGAGAUCCUGGGGUACCACGUCCCGGCGUGCACGCGCGUGCUGGUCAACGCCUGGGCCAUUGGCCGGGACCCCGCGACGUGGGAGCGCGCUGAGGACUUCGUGCCGGGGAGGUUCAUGGACGGCGGCACUGCCGCUACUAGCGUCGACUUCAGGGGGCAGCACUUCGAACUGCGGACGUUUGGCGCCGGCAGGAGGGUGUGCCUCGGGAUGGGGUUCGCGGAGGCAAGCGCCGAGAUGGCGCUGGCGAGCUUGCUGUAUCAUUUUGACUGGGAGGUGGCCGGCGGCGGUGUGCUGGGAAGCCGGAACCGGGAAGGGACGCCGACGCCAUCGUUGGACAUGACCGAGAUGAACGGGAUAGCCGUGCAUAUCAAGUCCGGUCUGCCGCUUCUAGCUAAGCCGUGGGUCCCUUAA